AUGACCACCGAACGUCCCACUUACAACGCCAACGCCUAUGUUUCAGACCGUCCGCCAUACCCGGAGCGUGUGUUCGAGAUUCUGGCAGCUUAUCACGAAGCAGGCAACGGAGGCUUCGGACAUGCGAUCGACCUGGGCUGCGGUCCAGGCUUCAUGGCGCUUGAGCUGUCCAAGACAUUCGAGAAAGUGUCAGGCCUGGAUCCUGAGGAGGGCAUGGUCAAGGCAGGCCUACAACCGGAAGGCAAGCGGAUCUCUUACCACGUCGGGACGGCGGAGGACCUCGGCGCCGUCGGAAUCGAGGAUAACAGCGUAGACCUCGUGAUCGCCGGCGAGGCGGCCCACUAUUUCGACCAUAGUGUCACCUGGCCUGAACUGGCUCGCGUCCUACGCCCCUCGGGCACGGUGUGCUGGGCGGGAUACGGGCGCUUGACGAUUGCGGGUAACGACGCUGCCAACGCCGUCAUUGCACAAUUCAUGGAUGAGACCCUCGCCGGACACUGGAGUGAGCCAGGCUGGUCCAUUUCCGAGGGGCUGUACGACCGCAUUCCCUUCCCAAUCACCCCGGCCUACACGCAGGCGACCGAGGAGCUGAUAGCUACCCUCCCUGAUCUCACCGGCGAUGGGCACCCAAUCCAGGCCAAGAUCGCAGAGCCCACUCCAACUGGCGGCGCGGGAUGGGACGCCACUUCGGCCAUCCGCCUCAAGAGCGGCACCACUGCUGGGCAGUGGUACCUUCGACAAAGCUGGACGCCGCGACAGUUGGAGCGCAUCUUCCGCACCUGGAGCUCUGUCAAGCGGUACCAGGACCAUCAACCCACGGACCGAUCGGCUAAGCUCGACGUUGUUGGACGUGUAAUGGCGGAGCUGACGCCGCUCCUUGGCGACCAGUUUGCAGUCGUGUGGCCGUUUGUGCUCAUGAUGAUCAGGCGAGAUGCGCUUGCAUAGAUGCUAGGUUGAAAGGAGGCAAUGAAUCAGAAGUACGGUGCGGGCGUUGCUCUCCUGUGACUGUCUGUCAUGACGCGAC